AUGAACAAAGUGCUUCCCGGCUUGUACGUGGGCAGCUGUCGCGACUCGAAGGACGAGCGACAACUACGCGAGCACGGCAUCACGCACAUCCUGUCGGUGCACGACAACGCAAAGCCGCUGCGCGACGACGUCGUCUACCUGUGCGUGCCGGCGUCCGACGCGCCGGGCCAGGACCUCGUCGUCCACUUCCCCGCCUGUGUCGACUUCAUCCACGCAGCGCGGCUCGCCGGCGGCGCCGUGCUCGUGCACUGCCUCGCCGGUGCGUCGCGCAGCGUCACCGUCGCCGUCGCCUACGUGAUGACCGUCACCGAGCUGACGUGGCGCGAGGCCCUCGAGGCGGUGCGUCGGGCGCGCACCUGCGCCAAUCCCAACUUCGGCUUCCGCAGCCAGCUGCGCGAGUACGAGGAGGGCGGGCUGGCGGCGGAGCGGCGGCGGCUGCACGAGAAACACCCCAGCGGACAACACGAUGAUUGUAACUAUGUCGCAGAGCUGGUCACGGGAGGAGGCAUCUCGCGCCUCGGCUACACCGACGACGUGUUGGCGCUCCUGCGGGGCCUGGACAGUGUUGCAGUGCCCUCUAGUGGGAGAUCUAGGGUAAUACAGGAGCCGCCGUGUGCACAAAUGGCCGUCGCGUGGAAGGGAAGCAAGCAGGUGCUUGGCCGGACACCCGAUGCAUCGAAUAAAAUCAAGAAACCACUGGAGCGAGCAACAAGCCAUCUGAGAGACGGCGGCGACACAUCAGAUAAAGGUGUUGAUCAUGCCUGUGUAGAUGUGAUGAAGGUUUGCAAUCAAUAG